AUGUGUGGAAUUUGUUUUUGCAUAAAAGGAAUAAGUAUUGAAUCUCAUUAAUGCAAUUUUAAUAUUUUUGAGAGAUACGCUUAGAAUCCUUAUGUAGAAUAAAAUGAAGAAUUAAAAAAUAAGUAUCUUAAUACAAAGUUUGAUUUUAUAGAAAAUAUAAGAAAAAAUUUAUUGUUUGUAAAUGAUUUUUCAAUACAAGAUAUUUAGAAGUCUAUAGGUCCUAGAGGUCCAAAUGCUUUUAGCUACAGAUAAUUUUAACUUAAUAGCAAUUAAUCAGAGCUUUAAUGUAGCACAAAUUUAACAAAUAUCUCAAAAAAUAUAUUUGAUACCCUAAAACCAGCUGUUGAUGAUGAAAAAAAAGAUAGUGUCUUGGCUUCAAAAGAGGAAGUAGAAAUAGUAAAUUAAGAAAUAACAGAUUAAUCAAUAGAAGAAAGCAAAGAGAAUUGCUUCAAAGAAAUGACUUUUUGUAAUAGUUUACUUCAUUUGAGAGGAGAUUCUGAUCAUUUAAAUAUUCAACCUUUUGUAAAUAAGGGCAAGUAAUCUGUCUUUAUAUACAAUGGUGAAUUGUUUGUUGAAACUUUGGAUAAUACCAUAAAAGAUGAUUUUAACCCUUUCACAAACGAUACAGAAUAAAUUUAUUCAAAAUUGAAUAAUUUAUGUGAUUAAGAAUUAAAAAAUUUGUCUAAAAAGCUUGAUUAAAAUGCUACUUCUAAAGAUUAAAAUUGCAUAAAUGAUUAAGAGGAGACUCUAGAAAAAAAAAUUACUUCUGUACUUUCUAACUUACAAGGAGAUUAUGCUUUUGUUUAUUACAAUCAUGAGCUUAAGAAAUUGUUUGUAGCAAAAGACCCUUUUGGAAAAAGAUCCCUUUUAUUAGGUUUUUCAAAAAAUGGUUUUGUAUUUAGCUCAUGCUCAAUAAAUGUAGAUGAAGGUAAAUUAGUCUAAGAAGAUGAUGGAGAUGAUGGAGAAGAAGGUACAACUGCAACAGCUGAAACUAUAGCUGAAGAAAUUGUUGAUAAAAAGAUAGAAGAUUCUUCUACUUCCAGUGAAGCAAAACUCUAAAAAGAUAUUAGAUAUAAUAUGAAAGAUCCAGAACAAAGAUUAUUAUUCUUAGAAAAAAAAUAUUUGCAUGAUUAUUUUGUUGCGAAAGAAAAGGAAUGGAUAGAGGUACCAUAAAAUACUUUAAUUGUUAUUGAUAUGAAUGAUAGUAAUAAAUUUAUAUGGGAUUCUUAUCUAAUUAACGAUAAGCUUUAUAAUAUUAAAUACAACUGGAAUUCCUAAACAGCCCCAAUUAUGGUAGCACCUUAAGAAACAAUAAAAAUUGUAUUGAAUGCUCUUAAACAAAGUGUUUAGGAUCAUAUUUAAAAUAUUAUUGAAUUUAAAAAUUAUUUCAAACAGCCUAAUGAAAUUCCAUCUUAAAAACUUUAUGAAAAAGAUGAAUCUGACUAGCCAAUUUUAUAUUAAACAACAUAAUUUAAUUAUGAUGCUUAACAAACUAAUUCAAAAGUAUCUGUUCUUUUUUCAGGUGGAUUAGACUCUACAUUAUUAACUCUAUUUUUAGAUUAGUUACUCCCUAUCAACGAAAGCAUUGAUCUAUUUAAUCUCAGCUUUAAAAGUGAUGCUUCUGAUAGAUUGACAGCUUUAAAUGCUUUAGAAGAACUAUAAAUCAUUAAUCCAAAUAGAAAAUAUAACUUGAUUUUGAUAGACAAAACUGUUGAAGACUUGAGCUUAAAUGAGAAACCUUUACUAAAAUUAAUUUAUCCCAGAAUAACUCACAUGGAUUUCAAUAUUGCAUUAGUACUUCACUUAGCUACUAAGGGUUAAGGUUAUCUUCAUACUGAUACAUUAGAAAAAAAAAAUAUUACUUCUGGAGCUAAAGUAGUUCUUAGCGGUUUGGGUGCUGAUGAAAUAUUUGGAGGGUAUUCACGUUAUCGUGUGGCAUUUUAAAGAAAUGGCUAUAAGGAUUUAGUUUAGGAAAUGAAAUUUGAUUUAUAAAGGUUAUGGAUAAGAAAUCUUGGUAGAGAUGACAGAGCAAUAUCACAAAAUGGCAGGGAAGUUAGAUUCCCUUUUUUAAAUUAAAAUUUAAUUUAAGAAGUGUGUGAAAAGACAGAUUUCAGCUAUUUUACUAAUUUUAAUCUACCAAGAGGUUCUGGAGACAAAAUUCUAUUAAGAUAAGUUGCAAAAAGUCUAGGAUUAAUCGCUACUUCAGGUUUCAGGAAGAAAGCAAUACAAUUUGGAACAGGAAUAGCUAAAUAAUCAAAUAUAAGAACAUUUGGUAGCAACAGAAAAGCAAAAGGCUCAUUUAAAUAUGGAAUCAAAGAUAAAAAAUGA